CAGAAGCGCAAGAGGGAGUGCGCAAACUUUUUUGCUCUCUCCCCCCAUCAGCACACUAAAAGACGAUCCUCAGAUGAAGGGGAGAGCCGGGAUACAGAUGAAGAUGCGCUAGGAGCGACGAAAAAAACCCCUCAGAGGUGAAUGGUGGUACUCUGGUCCAGUAUCAUUUUUGAGGGUCACUCUAGGACACAAUCUUCAUGAGUGUAAAAAGUGAGCACAACAAAACCAAUACCCUUAUCAAAAACAAUACCAACCGUGCGCCAAUCGCUAUUCUGGAAUGCAUGGAGGAAGGCCUCCUACCGAGUGAGAGCUCAAUGGCGGCAAAUCCCGUGAGUCGGCAAGUCUCCCUCUCCUAUCCUACCCCAAUGAAGUACAGGAAUUUAGGGAAAUCAGGUUUAAGAAUUUCUGCAAUGGGCUUGGGUACGUGGGUUACCUUUGGAUCUCACAUAUCUGAACAAAUGGCUGAAGAUAUAGUGUCAGUAGCUUAUGAAAAUGGCAUCAAUCUUUUUGACACAGCAGAUGUUUAUGCUGGUGGAAAAGCAGAAAUCUUACUAGGAAGAAUACUGAAAAAGAAAGAAUGGAAGAGGUCAUCGUACAACGUUGCAACAAAGCUCUUUUGGGGUGGAAGAGGAGAAAACGAGCGAGGACUCUCCCGGAAACACAUAAUCGAAGGUUUACAAGCAUCUCUAGAGAGAUUGCAACUAAAUUACGUCGAUAUAAUUUUUGUAAAUAAAGCUGAUCCCAUGUGUCCAAUGGAAGAGGUUGUUCGUGCCUUUACCCACUGUAUUAAUCAUGGUAUGGCGAUGUACUGGGGUACGUGUCGAUGGACUGCCAUGGAAAUAAUGGAAGCAUAUACAGUGGCUCGCCAAUUUAACCUCAUUCCACCUCUUGUUGAACAAACAGAGUAUCAUAUGUUUCAACGAGAGAAAGUAGAAAUUCAUCUACCUGAGCUCUAUCACAAAAUAGGUGUCGGAGCCAUGACAUGGUCUCCUCAAGCUUUCGGAAUGUUUACGGGCAAAUUUGACGAAGGAGUUCAUUUGCUGUCAAGAGGAUCAGUCAAAGUCAGGAACUUCACAAUGUUGCCGGACAAACCUUGCCCAGAAGAAGGAAGAAGUCCGCGUCAUCAGACCAAAAUUCAAGAACUUUCUUUACUCGCAGAAAAAGUUGGCUGCACAUAUACCCAAUUGACCAUAGCAUGGUGCCUCAAAAAUGAAAAUGUACAUUGCGUUUUAGUAGGAGCAUCUACACUUGAACAACUGUAUGAACAUAUACAUGCCAUCCAGUUGAUACCAAGACUGACCACUGGCCUCAUCAACGAAAUCGAAAAAAUCCUGGACAACAAGCCCAUACGCAUGCCCUUGCAGAGGUGACUGCUGGUUCAGAAGGAUUCCUUACCCGUUCCUAGGAGUCCUCAAGCAACUAGUGCGGCCUCAAUUUUAGAAGUGGACGAGGCAUCUCGCCUUGCAGCUGUCAGGGAGGAUAGCGGGAUCAAUGGUAGCAAGUCACCCAUUGAACCCAAUCGGGGGUUUUUCAACAACCUUCUCAGCAAUUGUGUCAUCCAGUGAAUGGGCGUUCACUGGCCAAUGAACUCUCUUAUCUCGGUUGGAAUAGGCCGGUGCUUUGAAAAAGGAUGACUUUUAACUUGUGAAGUCUCGAGAUUAUUGGAGCAGAUGCGGUGUCAAAGGACACUCAUCUUUUGUUUUGUGAACACUUGGUUCGAAUUCGUUUUAGAAUUUGUGAAAUUUCGAAUGUUAUUUGGAGUGAAACUGUUCUUUGUUAUAUAUUUAUGAUUAACUAUCUAGUAUAAGAAUUACACCUGUACGUGGGUUUGUGAUUCUGUUUCAGAAUUGUAACAUUUUCAGGUAAUUUAUUGUAUUUUGUUAUGUUGUAUUUAUUUUUCUUGAAAUGAUUGUCUAAGGUUAACUGAUUUAUUUGUUUCAUUUCUAAACAUUUCAAAAUGUGAAAUGUUUUGACUUUUACUUAC